AUGGAUCAACUUAGGCCUAUAGUGGCCUUUUGCCACUUUGUGCAUACUUUAUUAAACUACUUAAGCGGAAAUGUUUGUUAUGUUUUGUUCCAGUGCGUUCUCGUGGUUGUUACACUUAUGUGUACAAUCGCUGCAUCCUCUCUUCAUUUUCAUCGCUAUUUGUGCCAUUUGUGCCUCUGCUGGGAAAGGCCAGGGGCCUUAAGGGUGGCCAAGAACGCCCUUUAA